GUGUCAACAGUCCUAGCCUUCCUGUCAGGCACUGUAUGGCUCUUAGAGUUUGUAUGGUCCAGUAGUACUUUUCAUAUGAGUGCUUUCUUAUUCUGGCAUCCUUUCUUUUUAUACAGUCAUGUAUAAGAACAUGUUUUAUUUAUCAGGCUGAUUUGGUUCUUUUAUAUAUAUGGUGCUUUACUGGCCAACUUUCAGCCUAAUUUUCUUAAUCCUAGUUCAUGGAUUCAGGAGUUUGCCUCUUUGCUGGCACUGGUUCUCCUUAUUGUAACAGAUGACAGGGUGAAUUUAUUUAGUAUAAUAUUGUAUAUAUUUAAUAUCAUUGACAAGUUAAUCUUACACCCGUAUACAUUUUAAAAAGUGUAAUCUUUUGAGCACUGCAGUUUGAAAGCAGUUUCUUUGAAUGUACAUUCAGGUAAAGCUAAAAACCAGUGAGGAGGAAAAGAAGACCGUUGAAACCCGCCUACAGGUGGCCCAAAAAGAUCUUGCUACCAUAAGGGAACGUGAAUCAAAGCUUUCCAGUGAGAAGGACAGUGUGUUGUCAUCAACUCAGAAGCAACAAAUAAGAAUACAGCAGCUGGAUGAUGAAAACAGCAGCCUACAAGAACGGCUCAAGACAGCUGAUGACACCAUUGAACGUCAGAUGAAGCAGAUUGAGAAUUUAACCUUGCAACUAGGAGAGGCAGAGAGAACACUUGCAGAGAAAGAAGAAGAUAUGGAAUCUUUAGACAAGGCAUCCAAAGAUGAGCUUAAUACACUGAAGGCAAAGUUAACAAGGACUACAGAUGAAACAUCCAGUUUAAAGGAGGAGCUGUCUGAAGCAAAACGAAAGUUAGAUAAGGUGAUGUCAGACCACAAGACCAAUGAGUUGACUUACCAAGAAAAGCUAAAUGCAGAGUCUGGUCGCAGCAAGAGUGCUGAGGAAGAGAAGGCACUGUUACGUGAACAGAUUGUUGAUUUGAGAAAGGAUCUUGAAGCAUCGCUUGCAGCUAGUAUGAGCAGAGAGAAGGAAACCAUGGAACAGACAGCUGUCUUAGAGAAAGAGAAAGAAAAUUUGGCUAGGGAGCUUGCAUCUUACAUCAAUAAAGAAAAAGACAAGUCAAAGAAAACAGAUGAACUCAGCCUUCAGCUACAGUCCUUGGAGAAUGAAAAGAGCUCACUCCAUGCUGUUGUAUCUACACAAGAAAGACAGAUUAGUGAUCUGAAUGUCAAGCUUGAGAGGUUAGAUGAGAAGUGUGCUGAACUUGAAGAACAACUGCAAAAAGAACAAAGCAAAAGUUUGGAGUUGAACACACGUUAUGAGUUCACACAAGAGAGCAGCAGCUCCGCUAAACAAGAAGUAGAUCAGUUAAAAGAGGAAGUAAAAGUGUUGUCUGCUCAGCUCCUUAGACAGCACAAUGCUUCACUGGAUAGUCAGGCCAAGUAUGAGAGACUGAUCGUGGACAUGCGCAAUGAGAUUGAACGUGAACGAGAGAAGUCCUCUGCAGAGCGCCACUCUCUAGCAAGUCAGCUGGAGCAAGCCACGAGGGAGAGUAAAGAUUUCAGUGCUCUCUUGCGAGAAAGGGACGAGGAGCUAAUUGGCCUUCGUGCUGAACUCACAAACGCAAGUCACACUGGAACGAAAGCUUCUACAGCGUUGGAAUUUGAGAGCAAAAUGCGAGGGAGCCUGGAGAACAGGACAGCUCAACUCGAGUCCGAGCUGAGUAAGGCAUGGGAACAAAUAAAGGAUUUGUCCGAGAAAGGAUCUAUGCUGGAGACAACAAAGAGACAUCUGGAAAUUGAAUUAGAUAAGAAAAUACAACAGUUGCGUCAGACGGAAAGUACUCUUCACAGAAGGCAGGCAGAAUACACGGCAGUUUUAGUGGCUAAAGACACAGCUCAACAACAAGCAGAGGAGGCAGAAGCUAAGUUGGCAGGCUUAAGACACGAGUUUGAGGGGAUUAGUGACCAGCUGGAGCUUGCACAAUCAGAACUAAAGAGCGCUAAUGAACAACUGGCUGAAAUGAAGCUUACUUCUGAAGAAAACAGCACACUUAGGGUUCAUCUUCAAGAGGAGGAGGUCAACAAGGGAAUUCAGCAUCAGACAGUGCAGGAGUUAGAGAGGCAAGUUGAACUGUUACGUGAACGAGACGGUCAGCUGCAAUACACAGUUAAAGAACAAGAGGUUAAGAUAGAAGACCUGAAACAGAAGCUCAAGAAUACCGGAGAUAAGCAUAAACGAAAAGAAGAUGAUGCCAAGUCUCUGACAGAGAGAGUAAAUGAACUUCAACAGGAAGUGGAGUACUUACAGGGAGAAUUAGUGAAUGCUGCGGAAAGGAUAGACCAACUACAGAGGAAAAACGACGAGAGGAAAACCAAGGCUCAUGCCACCAUUAGAUCACUCAAGGAUCGAUUUGCGCGUGAAAAAAGAAACUUGGAGUCCACAGUGCUGUCGUUGCAAAGCAGUCUGGAACUGACUCAAGAGAGAAUGAACAAGGAAGAAGAACUGAAGGAUACAACACAAGCUGCUCAAAAACAGCUCAUGGGAGAAAAACGAGAGCUUCUAGCCAAAUUAACAGACGGCGAAGAAGUCAUUCGAGAACAUUUGAGGAGCUUACGCCAAAGGGAGACUGCACUUAAUGCACUGGAAAAAGAGAACGCUGAACUUCACGACAAAGUUAACUUAUUGAUACAAGAAAAGGGUGCUAUUGCAAGAGAGCUUGAGAAACUUAAGGCCCUUUUAUCAAGUCCCUACACAAGCCCUAAAGCAUCAGGACCAAUUGACUCUCAAGUACUAAAGAAUGCUCUGGCGCGAUUGAAUCACGCGGAUUCUCUAGAGAGGUCCUUUUCGUCGGGCUCUCCUGAAUUGUACUCCCCUGAGCGCAGAUCCCCGGAGAGAACCAUGGGAAGUAACACAUUAAAUGGCUCACUCAACGGUACACAUCGACCUGGAUUAAUGAGCAGUACAGUGCGAUAAUUAUGUGUUUAAGAAUUCUUUCUUGACCACACUACGCUCACUGCUAUCUGCCAAACGACACAAGGUUUUCUUAUGAAGUAUUCAGUAAUUAUUACAGUUUUUUAGUCCAAAGAAGAACAAAUUAUGGGAGUGAUGUGAUGUAGUUUUAAGUUAAAACUUUUUACCAGAGAAAUAACCUUCAGUUUAAAUCUCAAGUUUAUAGUUUACCAAGCUGGAACAGCACUGAAUUAAGAGACAAUAGUGCACCAAAGAGAAACAAGGAUAUUUAAUACAAAAGAAAAAAAACUGCACUUGAUUACACGUACUUUACUCACAGUUAAAUCACGGUCUUUUUUUAUAUAAAAUUAUCUGAUUAACUGACAACUGUACAUAGCCCCUUAAAUGACCCAGAAGCUACUCACGGUACGGGGGGAGGGGAAUGGUUUGGUCCUUUAAGGCUGGUUUUGACUAGCGCAUAAGCAUAAGCCGACAUACGCGGAAGUAGUAAGAUGUUGAUAAUUAACGUCUUUUGUUGGGAAAAUUUCUAAUAAAAGGUGUUACUGAACAGCACCUUACUGCGCCUGCGUGAACCGCAUGUGUUUAUGCUUAUGCACUAGUGAAAAACAGCCAUUAUAAUUACGAAUAAAAUAAGAAAUUUUACAUUGUACAGAAAGUAUUUAUGGAACUUUCUUAAUAUGUAGUAUCUUUUUCAGAUCUAACUUAAAUUAUUGUGAAAAUAGUGAUUAUGACAACAGCGUUCAUGAUGCUGUUUUACCUUUUUAUGAUAAAUUAUACAAUGUCAAGGCGAUAUUUUUACCUGAAGUUCACCAAAAAGUGUCAAAAAUAACUUACUGUCGACAUAAUUGGUAUUUGCUUCCGUAUAUAAUAUUUACAUUCAUUUGAUACUUAAAUUUAAAACUGGAAUAUUGAAAUGUAACAGUUUAUUGCAGUAGCUCUAAUUUCUACUGCCGCUGUGAGUGAGAUGGUUAUCCAUUUUGUAUUAUUUAUUUAACUUUGGUCUAAGUUAUCAGUUGUUACACUACUCAAGAUACACAGUCUGGUUAGCGGAAUGUUUUUUAAUCAUAUUUCUGUACGCAAGACGUUUGUUAGCUGUAGUGACCGCUCAAAAUUCCAUCUCCGAGAAUCGAGUCAAAUCUCACACUAGCGACAUAACGACAUAAAUGACGUAGAAUGUCAUAACGACAUAAUCGCUUAUGUUGUUAACGUGAACAUCGACAUGAAGACGUAACAAAAAGAUCAGCUGUUUUCCUUUCAUGCUGUUAUGUUGCUAUUAUGUCAUUGUGUCAGGCCGUGUUCACACUGCAAGCAUUACGACAUAACGUCCCUCUUAUCUCGUUAUGUUUAUGUCGUUUUGUCACUAGUGUAAACUAGGCUUUAGUCUCAAAUGGAAAAAACACUAUGGCGUGAAACUGGAAAUGUUUAAAGUUUUCUUUUAUGAUUGGGAACUAUUCAAGUCCUCUUACUGUAUACAAUGAUGAACCUGUAAAUCUAAUUUAUUUGUGGCUUAUACACUGAAGCUAAAUUUACCAUAUAGUGAAAAUAGUUAGUCGCAUGAGCCAACUCAUAGCGGCACUUAACAACUUUCUACAAAUUUUUUACAGUUUGGUAAUAUCUGAAUAUUUUAAUGAAAGAUUAACUUAUCAGCGAAAUAUUAUUCGAUAGCCGUUAGCAUUAAUAAUUGCGUGCGUUGAUUUAUUGUAGAGUGAAGUGAGGCGACAAGAAAGUGUGUGUAAGAAUUAAUAUAUUGCUUAGCUUUAAUGUGUGCAUCUAUUUAUUAUCAUAACUUUUAUUAGAAAUUUUUAUUCGUCCCCUUAGCUUUUAUUACCUUCAAUCAGCGUAAAGACCAUAUAUUUUUAAAAUUAUUGAUCAACCAGCCAUUAAAGCUGGUGUUUGGUAUGUCGCCAAUUAAAACAAUGAAUUUUAAA